UCUGUUUGUACAAUUUCUGUCAAUUAAGAUGUAAGAAUGCCACAUUAAUUAGGUUCUAUUGAUAACAAAUCAACUCAAGUAAAUGCAUGCCAUUUCCCUGUGGGGAGCCCCUAAGGCAAAUUAGAUGUACCUUUUGUCCAGGUAGAUUAUAAAUUGGAAUCUUAUUAUAACCAGGUUUUUUACCUGUUAAAUUAGUCAUGGAACAUCAUAUAUUUUCACUCUCUGUGAUUUUUACAUUUCUACUUCAAAAUGAUGCAGCUAAAUGGACAUAUGAUGGUGACUUGGGACCAAGACACUGGCAUAAGCUAUUUCCAGAUGGAUGUUCUGGCAAACAACAGUCACCAAUAGAUAUCACAACACAAAGUUCAGAACAUGAUCCUAAAUUGGGGGAUUUUGCUAUCUGGCAUGACCCUCCAAAACCAGGAUCUCUAUUUAAAGUAAAAAACAAUGGUCAUUCUAUAACUAUUGAGACUUUAGGACCAUUCCAUGUGACAAAUGGUGGCCUACCAUCAGUAUAUUCAACAGCCCAGUUUCACUUUCACUGGGGUCAUGCUGACCAUCAAGGCUCAGAGCAUCUCAUAGACAACAGAGCAAGUCCUCUUGAGUUACAUGUUGUUAACUAUGACAGCGAGAACUAUCAGAGUUUACCAAUGGCCAUGGUACAACCUCAAGGAUUAGCAGUAUUAGGGGUUAUGUAUGAGAUUGGUGUAGAAGAUAACCCAGCCUUAGAACCAAUCAUACAAGCAAUGAAACAUGUUGAGGAUCCUGAGGAUGAUCAUCAUCAUGAACUUCCAGCCCAGAGAAUCAGAAACUUCCUUCCUGAAGACACAUCUAAGUACUACCGAUACAACGGCUCUCUGACAACACCAGGAUGUUUCGAGAGUGUUAUCUGGACAGUUUUCCAUGACCCAAUGUACAUUUCAGUCAGACAGAUGAUGGCAUUCAGAAAAAUUCUGCAAAAUAAAAGGCAUAAAGGUAAAAAACAUCAUAAACGUGAAACCAAAGAUGAAAAACUGGUAGAGGAAGUAUUGGAAGAAUCUGGUAUGGCAGGAGACAAGCUUCAACAGAUGGAACUAGAGAUGACACUUGAGGAGGACAAGGCUAAAGAUAAUCUACCAACAGAAACUCCUACUCUAGGAGAACCACCAAAGAAGUUUUACCUCCACCAUGGCGAAAAUCCAAACACAGAUAAGAUGCAGAAUGUUAGUCAAAGUGGCAAGGAACAGUCUUAUAUUACAGAAUCUGAAAAACAUCUUGAACAGAUUGUUGUAAAGUUAGAGCAUGAAAAUGAACAACUAAUUGAAGAAAUUGAGAGACUUAAACUUGUAGACAAUUUUAGGCCAGUUCAACCAUUGAAUGGAAGAAAAAUAUAUAGAAGUUUUGAUAGUUUUGUAAAAAACCCAGCCUCACAAGAGAUUAAAGAUAGCACAGAACCAUGUAACUCAUCUAUUAAAAUUCUAUCAUCAUGGACUGUAUUAUUGGUAACAAUUUUCGUAUCAUUUUUUAGAUAAAAUGAAUAGUUUCAUUAAUAUUUUAAACAAAAUCAAAGAUACUGUAAAAGGAGAUAGACAAUAGCAUAAGAAAAUCUAUUAUCAUAAGAUAUCAUUUUAAAAUGAUUUUAGGAUAUUGAAUAUGUUUUAAUAAACAAGUUUUAACUCAUUCUCUAUGUAAAUUAAUACAUUUAUGAAAAUCUAGUGUCAAAUAUCUGGAUUUUUUUUAUCAUUAUGAAAUUUUAUGUAUAUUUUUUUAUAUGUACUUGGAAGAUUAGAGUUCCUUAAAACAAUUAAGGGGUAUAGCCAAUGGCUAUUUUAGCUUUUAAAUUGAGGAAAUAUGUAUAUAAAUGUACAAAAAUCUUUUUUUUUAAACUGUUGUUUUUGUAAAUGUAAAUAUUGUUUAUGUGAUAUGCAGUGUGUGUCAAACUUUUUACCUUAUACAGAUUUUAUUUUAUCUAGAUUUACUUGAUUAAAAAGUUUUCAUCCA